AAUCUAAUUUGAGAUUAUGUACCAUAAUUUAUUGUUGAAACUUUCAACUACUAUUGUUCAUAAUAAGAAGUUGCAGAUAAUGUUGUUAGAGGGAAGGCGUGGAUAAUAAAUAAAAGUUUGUAACACGUUAUCUUGUCUUGUGAUUAAGAAUACUAGUAAUCAUCAAUUACUUAGCAUAUCAAAUUGUUGUUGUUCGUGAAAAACAAGCAGUGACGUGGUUGGAUUGUGUCAGUGUUAUCCUGUCUCGGUUACCAAAUCCUAAAUCCUAUAAAUUCCCCUUUGCUGCUUCUUACACUUCCACCAUAUCGCAACACAUUCUUUUUCUCUCUUUCUCUUCAUUUCGAUAAACCUUCACAAUUCCUUCUCAUUUUGGUUAUGGAUGACUUGAAGAGAAUGGAAGCUAAUGGAGGCUAGGCUAACUCUUGGCAAGUUCUAUGGCCUACUGUGAUAUCUGGGCAAUGUGUGAGGGAAGAUUUCACUUUGGCAGCUUAAGAUAUAAAGGGAAUAAUACAAGUAACACAAAUUCUGUUAUGGAACUUGAGUCAGAGUGGAUAAAGCACAGAAAAUCAUCUUCUUAUACCGCUCAUGUUAUUCGUUCUUCCACAUCUUGUAUGCCUUGGUCUUGUAGAAUCCCCAUGGGUGAAGAGUAUUUUGAGUUCCUAUAGUUUGGUGCUCUACUCAGUUAUACAUUUUUUACACUAUUUGGUUGAUUAGUCACAGUUGCGGACAAAAUUUCUGUACAUGGUAAUAUUAUAUCUGAUAUGUGUUAAUGAUCAUUUCAAAAAUGCCUGGAUGCAUUGCUGGUAAGAAGUGGUUCACAGAACCGAAUAUGUGUUUUUCUAAUUUACCCAAUAAGGAAAAUCAAACACUUUCUAAGAGCAAGCAUUCUGUGCGCUCUGAGUUAUCGGAUAAGGAUGAUGAUAGCUCGAUUCUACCUCGGCUGCCUGAUGAUGUUUCCAAGUAUUGCUUAGCACUUGUGCCUCAUUCGGACCUCCCGGCUAUGGCCGGUGUUUGUAAGAGAUGGAGGUGUUUCAUUCAGAGCAAAGAAUUUAUAAUGGUAAGAAAAUUGGCUGGCUUGGUUGAGGAAUGGCUUUUCCUGUUAACUGCAGAUAAAGAAGGGAAAGGAAGCCAUUGGGAGGUAGUGGAUUGUCAGGGUCAGAAUCGUCGAUCUCUUCCACCAAUGCCUGGUCCAACAAAGGCUGGAUUCGGGGUGGUGGUUGUUAAUGGGAAGCUACUUGUCAUGGCUGGCUAUUCAGUUAUUGAUGGAACUGCCACUGCCUCACCAGAGGUUUACCAAUACAAUUCUUGUGUCAACAGUUGGAGCAGGUUAUCAAACAUGAAUGUGGCUCGAUAUGACUUUGCUUGUGCUGAGGUCAACGGCUUGGUGUACGCUGUUGGAGGCAAUGGAGUAGAUGGCGACAGCCUCUCCAGUGUCGAGGUCUAUGAUCCAGAAACUGACAAAUGGACAUUGAUUGAGAGCCUUCGUCGGCCGAGACGAGGUUGCUUCGCGUGUGGAUUCGAAGGGAAGCUGUACGUGAUGGGUGGAAGGUCGAGUUUUACAAUUGGAAACUCAAAAUUUGUUGAUGUUUACAAUCCUGAAAGGCACAGUUGGUGUGAGAUGAAAAAUGGUUGUGUCAUGGUGACUGCUCAUGCAGUACUGGGAAAGAAGCUGUUCUGUAUGGAGUGGAAGAAUCAGAGGAAGUUGGCAAUCUUCAAUUCAGAGGACAAUACAUGGAAAAUGGAGCCUCUACCUUUGACUGGGAGCUCCAGUAUCGGUUUCCGGUUCGGAAUUCUUGAUGGUAAACUCUUGCUGUUCUCACUGGAGGAGGAACCUACAUGCAAAACUUUGUUGUAUGAUCCAACUGCAGCCCCUGGAUCAGAGUGGCAAACAAGUGAGAUCAAACCAUCUGGGUUAUGCUUGGGCAGUGUAACAGUCAAGGCAUGAAAAAAGAGACCUUGAAGUGAGUCAUGGAGAACUAUCAGUCUUGUUUAACUAGGAUUCAGGAUAAUUAUCAGAUUCUAAUUACUACUCUUGCUUGGCUCUGUUAGUUCUAUUAUCAUGUCUUUCCCCCCUUGUGGCUAUGAUGUAUGAUGGAGUAUUUCCAUCCAUCUGGUGACCACUGAUGACUUCAUUUUCCAAAUCGUGUAUAUUAUGAGAUGGUUAUAUACUUAUAUACUAGAAUUUGAUACGAGAGUAAAUUGUGUUCUGAUUUUUAA